AAAUAUUUCUCCUGCCACGGCAACAACUGGAACUUAUUAGUCUAUUUAGCUCCGUACCUUUUUAUCUCGCAAAUCAGCUUUGAACAUUGAAUCCAUCAUUUCUGCGCUUCUGCGAUACUAGUCCGCUUUUUUCUAAGGUUGUUGUCAGAUGAGACAACGAUCAAAUCGCUGAGUGAGUUUAUUUGGCUCCGAGUACCGAAGCCUACCUCGAGGUCAAUUUCCUUGUUUGUUAUUUGCCGGCUGCCUUGGUUCCUGAGGUGUGCAGUGUGCCCAGCCACAAGGCCUGACGCGUAAGUAAUUCAUAUCGACAUUCAAGAACCUCCUCGAAAUAUAUUGAAAUUAUUCUCAAUAUUUCUGCACUUUACAUUUCUUUAUGCCGGGCCAAAACUUGAUGCGACAUAACCAUGGCCGAACCAAAGAAGAAAGGGCUUUGGAGCGGUCUGAUCCGCAGGAUUAACAACGCGCAAGGAAGCAACAAGCUUGAGAAGCCAUCGCCUUCGCGACGGGCUAGCGAUGUUGACGUAGCUUCUCGAAGACGGCGGUCUGAGCGACCUGAACUCACUAGUGUCGGGUCCCGCAGACGACCUCGCCGUCCGGACCCCCGUGACUCUAAAGGCAAGGGCAAGGAGCAUUCAAACGGCCACAGAUAUGAUCCAGCGCCCUUGUCAGAAUGGCCACCGUCGGGUAUGUCUAGCGAGGAAGAACUUACCCUCGGACAUGCUAUGGAGCUUAUCUCGAGAGGUGUGCCGGCACAUAAGGGACACAAACGCCCCAUCCCGCACGCCUCAGAACAUUAUUACGGUUUGUUCACCACAACGGCAGGCAACCAUGGUGAUGAGGGAGACACCGUGAACCAGCAUAAUGCGAUGACCCAGCUUACCACCCUGAAAAUCCAAGGUUCUGGGCCGCCCAAUUAUCCCUGGGAGACCCUCGAACAACCAAGCCUUGCAUUUGGAUACGGUGCUCGACCUGGCACUAUUACUCUAAAUCACUGGGCUGGCCUUUUUAGUGCAAUACCGCCUUUUAUCGGGCUUCGUGAUCCUGGGGUUCUCCCAAGAGAAGUUAGUUUGACUCAGAUCUUCGACCGAUUGAAGGAUUUGGAAGCUGGUUUAGAAGAUGACGACGAUGAAUUACUGUAUCGUAUAUACAAACGAUUUCUCCGAGACCCUGACAAGGUCUUCAACCCGCACAAGACGAUGGAACGACAGAUUACGGAUCUGGUUAUGUGCCUGUCGGGUUCAGACUGGAUUGACUUCUCAAAUCCGAAGAAUCAGGUUGUGACGAAGUACAUCUACGACACCGGCCCGGAAAAUCAGCAGCAAUACCACAAGUUCUUCUACCAGCUACUUCUGAGUCUCGAGCUGGAGUUGCGAAUCAAUUCGAGGCUCCACACGGAUUGGGCCAAGGAGAGACUUAUUUCGACUAUACCACCUAAGAUUCAAUGGAAUUUAGCACUUGCUAGGCGCUGGAGGGAUUUCGUUCGUGUCGAGAGUUACGGCGAAACUGCCGAUCAGGUAAAACUACGGUUCAAGUUAAGAAAGAGGCAGGUCAAGAUGUUGAAGAGAUUCGCUCAGAUGAUGAAAUGGCCGAACCUGCCCGAAACUUUGGAUGAGCUGAAGCUGAGAGAUGCGGAGGGCUCCCUGAUGCCUGUUAGUUCGCAUGCCAUGGCUUUCUUUAGUGGUCUAGUUCUACCAGGACCAACAUUCCCUUAUCUUAUUAUGAACUCUCUGAUCGAUGUUGAUCCCGACGAGGCAACAGACGAUCUCGCCUUACUAACGCAUCUUCAUCCUCACUGCGGCUUUCAAUACCGCAAGUCCUACACAUAUUGGGCCUCAACCUGUAUUGUUGGGAAAGUGCUUGCACCAACCUGUCUUGAGGUUGCCGGAUGGGUUGGUCCGGCCCGACCUACGAGUGACUUAAGCCGCACUCAGAUCGCCCGUAUCCGCACCAAAAAACCACGGCACCAUCACCUAACACCAGAGGACGUUAUAUCGAUGAGUGAUAGGUCGGACCCUUUAGGACCGCCUUCUAAAGUUUUUCCCGUCAAAGAUUAUGAUCUACUUACACCAGAUAUGGACGACAUCGUCGAUACGAUACGAAUUGAGCAAAUCAAUCUUAGGACGCUUCCUGAUAAGCCAGAAGCGAACCCAAAAUGGUUCGAUGCAUCAAUACAAUUCGCCAUCGACGGCGUGUCGUGGCCCCUUCAUUUGACAUUCGAUGUCUCGUUCAUCAGCGCUUGGCCGUGUUCUGACGGACCGCACCCUCUAUUCUUCGAUUAUGUCUAUAGCCUCCGUAGCGUUGAUGAAGUGGUGGAUAUUCUUGAUUGGGGUAAGCCUAUUGACAAGAAAAGGAGCAACGGGUCUUUGGCAAUUGGCGGUAGCAAGUCAACACAUCAUAUCGACGAUAGCGACGAGGAGAGAGUGCUAGUAAUCCAAGCAUUCGGUAAUAGCGACAACGAAGUCUUGGCGCGGGCAUGGUGUUCCCACUGGGGACUCAGCGCAGUAGUGGCGGACAUCAGUAGGACUUGCAUGGCGUGCGCUAUCCGCGAGGCUUACGCGGCAACCUUAACGGUGGUAAUACUUGUUGAGGAUCAACCGGGAGAUGCAGAAUAGGGGAGGCGGCGGACAGGAGUUUCACAGGGGGUGUUUUGCAGGUCUGCUAUGGGGGACAAGGGUACGGGAUGAGAAAUACGCACAAACUAAUUCCUACGAUCGUAAUGGCGAAGUCGAUGACUUUCACGAUGGUUACACGAAUAUCCACGAUUAUCUACUAGGUAGGCGUUCCGGACAUCGGGCGAAUG